AUGCCGCUAAUAAGCCGCGGGCGGAUCACCGCCUUCGGAUCACUCACACCAACUACAAUACUCGCACUCCGGGAUUCAGAUAUGCCUACCGAAACAGAUGAAGCGCAGGCGGCAUCAACCAUAGCCCCUUUCGCUACGUCAUUAAAUGGCGUUGAUCAGCCUGGUAACAUGCUAUUCAAGAAUAUGUUAUGGUGGACGCUGGGUAUCAUAGCGCUCAUCGUACUUACUACCCGUCUCCUUGAGAUAGGAUGGACCAAGAUACGCCACGUCUCAGCUAUGUCGACCCCGGCAGACAAACAAACUUACUGGAAGAGGUCCCAGUGGAGUCGGAUGCCAUGGUUGAAAAGAAAUCUCAUUUAUGCCCCUCUGUGGAGGAAACGACACAACCGAGAGAUCAAAUUAUCUGCUGCUAUUAGCAUAGGAACCCUGCCCUCUCGGCUUCAUUCUGUUAUCCUGGGCAUCUAUUUGAUAAGCAACAUCGUUUACAUGUCCUACGAGGACUGGUUUCAAGAAAAUCGGUACGCUCUGGCUGCUGAGAUACGAGGGCGUUCUGGCACGUUAGCCCUCGUCAAUAUGGUCCCUCUGAUCAUCAUGGCAGGUCGUAACAACCCCCUCAUCGGGUUGUUAAGGGUUAGUUUUGAUACCUACAAUCUUCUUCAUCGGUGGAUGGGUCGGAUGGUCGUGAUAGAGGCCGUCAUACAUACGAUCGCGUGGGCUGUUGUCGCGGCGGCUGCUGACGGGUAUGACGGUAUGAACUACCGGCUGAUUCAUGACACUUUUCUUGCUUCUGGUUUUGCUGGGACAAUAGCUCUCGUUAUCCUCUUUUUCCUCUCCCUCUCGCCAGUUCGACAUGCUUUCUAUGAGACGUUCCUCUCAUUUCAUAUCAUCUUAGCCUUUAUUAUUUUCGCCAUGACUUGGGUCCACUGUGCGACGGCGACUCUUCCUGGUGGUCUUCCCCAGCUUUCGUGGAUGGUGGCAAUUUUCAUCCUAUGGGGAGCGGAACGGCUAGCUCGCAUGUUCCGCCUCGCUUAUAACAACUGGUCGAAACGGAACGGUUUUACCGAAGCCGUUGUAGAACCUUUACCUGGUGACACAACUCGAGUUACAAUGCAUUUACCUCGUCAUGUUGACAUCCAACCGGGAACACACGCAUAUAUCCGCUUCAUGGGAAUUACUCCGUGGGAGAACCAUCCCUUCUCUAUCGCCUGGAUUGAACAUCAUCCCGAAGUCGACACGACAGCUCUCGAAAACAAAGCUGAUAAAGAGUCCCAAAGGAGAGGCACCACCUCUGUAUCUUUCCUCAUUGGUGCUCACACAGGUUUCACCCGGCGACUUUAUGAAAAAGCACUCAAGGAAGGAUCCCCUUCCAUUCGGAUUAGGGCAGCCAUGGAAGGCCCCUACGCAGGCCAUCACUCACUUGACUCAUACGGUCAUGCUGUGCUAUUUGCCGGCUCGACUGGUAUCACCCAUCAGCUCUCGUACCUCAAGCCGUUAAUCGAAGGAUUUGACGAGGGGACAAUUGCGACAAGACGGAUAACACUAGUAUGGAUAAUACGUGAUACCGAGUCGUUGACAUGGGUGCGACCCUGGAUGGACGAGAUACUACGGAUGCCAAGGAGAAGAGAUAUCCUUAACAUCCGGUUGUUCGUUACGCGACCGAAGAACACGAAGGAGAUUAUUUCAGCUUCCAGCACGGUCCAGAUGUUUCCGGGACGACCCAACAUCCCUACCCUGCUCAGGAAGGAGGUUGAGGAGCAGGUCGGAGCGAUGUGCGUCACGGUAUGUGGCCCUGGUGCCCUAGCAGAUGACGUGCGACAGGCGGUCCGCGACGUUCAGGAUGAAUGCUCCGUAGUCGACUUUGUAGAGGAGAGCUUCACAUGGUAA